UAUAACACUUUGCAUAACUUCGAUCCAGUCCGGUCCGUUUCGGUCGUUGGCGUCGCCGAGCCUCCAGCGACAGGAAGUGACGCAGGGAAAAUUCCCAUAAUGUUCAGUCAUUGACUAAGAACAGGAGAAGAGGAACACAAAGAAUUUGUUAAUUUACUAAAAGCGAUAACAUUGUUCAUCUGGGUAUGUAUCUUAGUGAAACUUCAGCGUGUCGAUGUAAGCAGCUACAUACGUAGUCGCACUUUCCAAAGGCAGAUUGCUUCUUGUGACACAGGGGAUUUGUGGUUGGUUAGCAUUUUAGCCAGGAGCUUCGUUAAAGACGACGCGUCGGGAUCUGAAGAGGUGAUGCGCUAUGAAACUCUCCAUAAUAUCAGACUAAAGGCAAAGGUGAUUGCAGCAUUCCAUUAGUGAAGUAGAAAAUGCUUCUGUGUAGACUCCAGUGCUGUGUGAUUUACUCUGCCUGUUGAGGGAACCGCCACUUUGCCUGGUGAUGGACAGGAUCUCCGGGCGAGAGGGGCCAUGUUUGUUUGUGCCUGACCGCCAGGGAGCCUGCCUGCGGCGGGUGGUGUAGGCUAGCGGAUGCUAAGGUCCUGGAGAUGGAGCUCUGUCAGAUGACACCAAAGUCCGCUGCUCAGAAGCUUGGGGCAUGGUGACUGCACUCGGGCGGCUGGAGGAGCAGCGGUGUGUAGCAGGAGCCGACUGGGCUUGAAGAGGAGAGCGAGAGCGAGAGAGAGAGAGAAGGGCAUGGGUCAGUGUGUGACUAAGUGUAAAAACCCCACAUCCUCUUUAGGCAGCAAGAGCGGUGAGAAGGAUUCUGGGAAGUCACAUGCGAAGAAAGGAGGCGGCGGGGGCGGGGCUGGAAGUGGGCACAAAGAGGAUUCCAAGUUCCCUGCCGACGUCAACGGCACCAAAUCUCCGGAGGUUACCGUGGAAACCUCUGUGGCUCCCGUAUUGUUGGGGGAGGUGCGGAGGGAGGAGCCUGAACCCGAGGGGGAGGGGCUGUCCAUAGCUCGGAUAGAGGAGAUGUUUUUGCUCUAUAAGGAUGAACAUGAAGAUGCCAUCUUGGAAGAGGGAAUGGAGAAGUUCUGUAACGACCUGCACGUCGAUCCGGCUGAGUUCAAAGUCUUGGUGCUCGCGUGGAAAUUUCAGGCUGCCACCAUGUGCAAGUUUACACGGAAGGAGUUUGUGGAAGGCUGUAAAGCAAUCCAGGCAGACAGUCUGCGGGGGAUCUGUUUGCGUUUCUCUGCGCUGAUGGAGGAGUCGCGAGGGGAGGAGAGCUUCAAGGACCUGUACCGCUUCACCUUCCAGUUCGGCCUGGACGCAGACGAGGGCCAGCGCUCGUUGCAGCGCGCCAUUGCCAUCGCCCUCUGGAGGCUGGUCUUUACGCUGGACACACCCCCUGUGCUUGAGCGCUGGCUGGACUUUCUGUCGGAGAACCCAUGUGGCGUGCGAGGCAUUUCGCGCGACACCUGGAACAUGUUCCUUAACUUCACGCAGAGCAUUGGGCCGGACCUGAGCAACUACAGCGAGGACGAGGCUUGGCCCAGCCUCUUUGACUCCUUCGUGGAGUGGGAGACGGAACGGAGGCGGCGGGAGAGGGCGGAGCAGGAAGAAAGGAGGAGAAGAGAGGAGGAGCAGGAAGAGGCAGGGCUAGAGCAUCAGGAGGCAGAGACAGAACCCACCACGGACUGCAUGGAGGCAUCGGCAUGGGGUGGGCUCUGAGAGCAAAGUGUGAUGGGAAGUUGUGGCCUGCGACUGAAGUGCUGGGGGUGGAUGCUAGUAUUACUGAGACCCUUACUCUCCGUUCUUAUUUGAUGAUGAUGAUGAUGAUGAUGAGUUUAUAUUUUUAGGCUUUGUUGGGGUGGGCAUCCUAAUAUUUCCUGACUCUGAGUAAUUUUAUUGAAAGGGCUCCAAAAAACUAAAUUGUGUUCUUAAGCACUUGUAUUUAAGUUAUUGUUUUGUUUUUAUUAUUAUUAUUUUUUGCUGGUAUUUUUAAAACUUCUGCUCUAAUGCCACACCUCUACAGUGGUUCCCAUGUCGACAGACGCCAAACAUCCCUCUGUUUCCCUGGCAGCAGUGAAACCUUUCACCCAAGAACUGGUUAACAUUGUUGCUUAUGAAAAGGGACGCAUACUAGCUUAUUGUUGAGCUUGAACCCAAACCUAAACUGUAGAAAUGCUGUAAGUGAUGUCAUACUGAGGGUGGGAUCAGGGAAGGUUUUUAACGGUUACAUUUAGCAAUGUGUCUUUUGGAGUCACUGGUUAUGAUCAUAAAACAGAACACCUCUCUCUCUUCUCUUUUCUCUUUGUGAUGCAGGUUAAUUUGGAGUCAAGAGGUUUGUCUGCUGUGACUUUUUUGCGGUUUACAAUUUCUCAUUCACAGUGGCUUCAUUUAAGAUUACUUUGUCUGGUUUUAUAUAAAAUGCUACAAUUUAUAACAAAUAAAAUGUGUGAAAUUGGACAGUGGACCACGAAA